AUGGCUCCAAGAGAUGAGAAUAUUGUAGACAAGAUAUUUGCUGGAUCUUUAGAUGAUCUGCCUCCUCUCAGCUCUAAAGUUGUCAGGAUAUUUACUAGUUCAACCUUUACGGAUAUGCUGAUGGAGCGAAACACACUGAUGGAGUGGGUCUACCCCAAAAUUAAGGACUACUGCAAGGAGAGGCACGGACUGGAGUUCCAGGUUGUUGACAUGAGAUGGGGGGUCAGGGACGAGAUGACGAACGAGCAUAUGACCACCGCUCUCUGCAUGAACGAGUUGAGCGGAUGCCAGAAGUACAGCAUGGGCCCAAACUUCAUAUAUUUCGGAGGUCAGAAGUACGGCUACCGACCUAUACCCUCGGAGAUUCCAACGAACGAACUGACAAAGUUGACCGCUGUGCUGGAAACUAUGGGUAAUGAUGUUACACUGCUGAAGAAAUGGUAUAGAAAAGAUACUAAUAAGGUUCCGCCGGAAUCCAUCUUGCUUCCGAUCACUACUCAUCUCCCGCAUUUUCUUAACAAACGGAUGCCAAAACUCCAGGCACGUGACUCUGGGAUAUGGUGGGGAACCUUAUCAAAGCUACAGCUUAUGCUUAGAAAAGCUUCCCAGGCGUUGUAUGCAAAUGAGGAAUUUACCCUGGAGGAGAUGCACAACUAUAGGAUGGCAGUAACAGAGAGGGAAGUCAUUAACGGAUGUCUUAAUGUCGACAAUGUAAAGGAUCAUGUGAUCAUCUAUACAAGAAUCCUUCAAAACAUAAAUAUCCAGAAUCUAAAACGAGCUUCAGCUUUUAUAGAUAUUCAAGACAGACAUAUUGAUAAGGAGGCUCAGACACUACUCACAGAUUACAGAGAUAAUAGAGCCAGACAAAAGAUGAUUGAUAACAAGGGAAUAUAUCAGAGGUAUGAAAUAGAGUGGAUAGGACGUGAAGGAUUAGCUCCGGAAACCCACAAUGAAUACCUGAACUCCUUUAUCAAUCACUUCUACAAGAAUGUACUCAAGCUUGUUGACCGGGCUAUGAAGAAAGAGGAUAAUAGUGAGCAGGGGAAGAUUGUGACAGAGCUUUUACAACACCUACAUGGUUGCAAAAACAACUGUGAUGUCUUUUUUGGCAGAACGGAAGACCUUGCUAAAAUGAAAGAUUAUGUAACAGGUCCCUCAACCAAGCCCUUUGUUAUGUUUGGUGCUGGUGGUUCUGGAAAAUCAUCUUUAUUGAGCAUGACAGCAUACAAGGCUAUUAAUGAAUGGUUAGUUCCAGCUAAGCCAUUGCUCCUAAUCAGAUUUUGCGGGACUACUCCCAAUUCUACAUCUUUAGGUCCAUUGUUGAAAUCUAUAUGUCAACAAUUAUCAUAUACAUUUCUGCUACCCUUCCAGGAUAUUCCAGAUGACACAAAUCCUGUCACCGCUUUCCUCAAAGAACUUCUCUGUCUUGCAACCAAGGAAAGACCUCUGCUAAUAUUCUUUGACUCUAUAGAUGAGUUGACAGGUGCCCAAGAUUCCAAUAGGCUGUCCUGGCUACCAAUCAAAUUACCCCCCUACUGCAAAUUUAUAGUUUCCAUAACGGUUGAAGAAAGGAAACCUGAGACCUUUGAAAAUCUGAAUAGUCUGAAAGAGUUAAUUGAGGAUGAAAGCCACUUUCUUGAGGUUACAGCACUUGGUAAGGAUCUAGCCUGGACAAUCAUGAAAUUGUGGAUGAAAACAGCUGGCCGGGAUUUAACCAAUUAUCAAUGGAGAGUUGUAGCUAAUGCAUUUGAUUUUUGCACAUUGCCAAUAUUUUGUAAACUGGUGUUUCAAGAGGUUUGCAGAUGGAAGAGUUACUUUGAACCUGAAAAAACUGUUCUAAGGAACACAGUAAUGGACAGUGUUUUCCAACUAUUUGAGCGAGUUGAGAAUAAACAUGGUUGGAUGUUGGUAUCACAUGCUCUUUCUUACAUCACUGCUUCCAAAAAUGGGGUUUCUGAACCAGAAAUUGAAGAUUUCAUUUCUUUGGACGACAAAGUUCUUGAUGAUAUCUACCAAUACCACUUACCCCCUACUAGAAGGAUUCCACCACUGCUAUGGACAAGAGUUAGAAGUGAUCUUCCUGGAUAUUUAGCAGACAGUGAAGCAGAUGGAGUAUGUGUCAUAAACUGGUACCAUAAACAGUUUAAAAUGGCGGCUAAAGAAAGAUACUUUACAACAGAUGAAGAUUAUUUGUAUUUCCACUCCUACAUGGCUGACUAUUUCCUUGGUACAUACGGAGGUGGUAUCAAUAAACCAUUCCGAUACACUGAGAUUCAGAAGCAUAUGUUCAGAUUAAAGAGCAAAGAUUCAACAGCUGAUAGACAGGUUCCAGCUCAGCCAUUGGCAUUCUACAACAAGCAAGGAAAGCUUACAAGAUACAACCUGAGGAAGUUCAGUGAAUUACCCUUCCAGCUGGUUAGGUGCUACAGGUAUAAGGAUUUGUAUGACCAUGUUCUCUUCAACUACAGAUGGCUGUUUACUAAAAUGAGCGCUCUACCGCUGAAUGAAAUAUUGGGAGAUUUUGAAGAUGCCGUCCAAAAUAUCAGGGAUCCAGUAGCGGUUAAAGAAAUAAAUCUGGUGGCAGACUCUAUAAGAUUAGGUGGAGCAAUUCUUAAACACUAUCCUGAAAUGUUAGCAUCCCAACUUCUUGGAAGAUUAUUGCCAGAAAGAUCUAGUUCAAGGAACAUCCAAAGUCUACUUCGUCAGUGUGACGAAGAAGGAUCUAAGCACAAUGCACUUGUCCCAACCUUCCACUGCAUGCAUACUCCCGGGGGACCUUUAAAGUAUGCAAUGGAAGGACACCAGUUUGCCAUAUUUGCAAUGAAACUGACAUCAGAUAACAGGUAUAUAGUUUCAGUUUCUAAUAAGUUUAUCACCUUUGAUGUUGUGACAAGUGACCUGGCAAGACAAGUUUAUCCAGGGGUUGAAGGAUUAAUGAUUGAUCUAGAACUCUCUGCUGAUAACAAGUUUGCUGCUGCAUUUACCAAUAAUAAUCAAACUAUUCUACUCAAUACUCUUAUAGGAGAAUUUGUUGUCAUUGAAAAUCCAUUUGUCAAAGAUGGCACUGUACAAGAAACAAUCCAAAAUGUUAUUUUAGCUGACGGACGUCUUGUAAUUGUUGGCCAGCAUUCAUGGUCUUACUUCACCAUGUCUGGGAAGCAAAUAAGCAUGGAAAAAAGCCACUCAAAGAAUCCUAUUAUCUGGCUGAAAAUGAAAAGUUACACUAACUACACUUUAACCACAAGAACAGAUGGUGAAAGUGGCUCAAAACUCGAAUUAAGAAAAUGCAUCGAUGGAACGUAUGGAAAUCCUCUAAAUUUCCACUCAGCAUUAGCUAUCAACAAAUCCCAAACAACAGCAUUCAUUUGUGACAAUAAUAAAACAUUUGAUGUAUCAAUGUACCAACUUAAAGGAUUAAAUUGGAGGAAAGAAAAGUUGUUAGGUGUCAAUUCAGACCCAAUCAUAAUGUUGGAUCUAUCCAUUACAGAAAAUUGGUGUAUUGCUACGACUAUGAAAAGCUUCAAACUUUGGAAUAUAAAAAGUUUAGUUUGCAAGACACUUUUAUUACCGCAAUCUGUCAGAAAUGUGAGUAAAAAGUUUGGACAGUCUAGCUCCCUCAUACUUUCAGCGGGGGACAAAUAUGGAGUUUCCGGAAUACGCAAGGAAUUGUAUAUUUGGAAAAUGGAAACUGAGGAACUAGCCAAGGUUAUUAAAGCUCAUUUUCAAAGGAUAAUAGAUAUCAGAUCGUUAGUGGGUGGGAAGGAUAAUUCUGUCAUAACUUCUUCGAUUGAUCGCAGCAUCAAAGUUUGGGAUUUAAACUUUAUAUUUGAAGAUGAUCAUCAUAUUGAUAAACAUGAGUUAACUAUUGAUAGUUUGAGUGUCUCCACCCAGGCUCAGAUAGCGGUUACUGUAACAAGAAGCUGUGUAGGGGUUUGGGACUACAUGACAGGAAAACUCAAGUAUACCUUAGCUAACUCUUCCCUUGGAGCUAUCAUUACUCAUGCUAUAGUUUCUGAGACCGGAGAGUAUAUAGUUGCAGCUGAGUCUGGAGAUCUACUCUUCUGGGAUCUGAAGACAAAGCAAGUCAUUUUUUCAGAGAAACUUCCCAACAUUAUUCAACUGACAUUCAAUAAAAGGGAGACAAAGUUGAUAAUUGUCUCUUUUGCUGGACCACUAGGAAGCCAGACCGGUUAUGUAGUCUCAAAAUCAUUUCCCUCUGGGGAAACUGAAUUCGAGCUAGAUUUUCCCUUUCGUAAGUUCCAGCCUGUGCUCUACACCUCAAACGAGGAGUACCUGGUGUGCUACGGGUUUGAGAAGAUGAAGAACCAUCUCUUUAUUCACUGCAAUAAGACGGGGGAGCUCUACGCCUCCAUGUUGGUGAAGUACCCAGGGUUCAAGGAUAUUUUCAAGAUAGUUUCUCUACCAGACAAACCUGGGAUAAUCGCUCUUAUAGAUUCUGAGAAGGGAAAUUUCCUUGAUGUUGGGAGCAGGAAGUUUCUGAGGUCUAUUCCGAACUGGGAUGGGAGUUAUACGAAGGACGGAAGAUAUGGUCUGUAUGCUCCACCCUCCGGAGGAAUGGAUAUUCUAGAUCUGAGGACAGGAAGUGUAGUUCGAACCUUGAUUCCUAAGAUUGCUGAGGGUAUAUUUGAUGUGAUCGCAACAUUUAGUAAAACCAACGAAUAUGUACUGUACUACCAUAGUGGAAGAAAGACAAUAAGAAUGUUCCGACGCAAAGAUGGAGUAAUGAUCGCAAACUAUAGGGUUCAAGCCGAUCUUAAGGGUAUGGAAACUACUGAGGAUGGAAGAAGCGUGAUACUAGGGAUGGGAGACGGAUCUAUGACAACCUUAACCAUCGCAGAUCCGGCAAAGGAGGAAACUUAUAAAUAUCUAGCAGAGCUUCCUUCCAGGUCCUCUCAUGGUCCUUCUGUAGAUACGAGGACUAGUGAACCAGGACAGAUGAAUCAUGAGUAUUUACAGAAUGGAAACCCUUAUCCUUCUCCAUAUGAUUAUUCAAUCUAUACAGAUUAUCUUAAAGCUCUGCACACUGUUAUUCCAAGGAAUCAUAUUUAAUAACUGUUCACUUACAGUACACUUAA